AUGGAGAGUAAAUAUACGGAGAUACUCUUGCUAACGGGCCUGGAUAACACUACCACUGAGGAACUGGAUAGGUUGAAGUUCUUUCUUCCAGAUAAGUCUAAUAUUGUCACAGGCAAACUACAUGCUACUGCAAACAGAACAGAUGAAGACAGUUAACUUGAUGAUUCAAAACAGUGGCGUGCUGUCUGCAGUGAGGAAGACCAUAGUUUUCAGAAGUUGAGUUACAUGCUUGUGGCAAAAUGUCUUCAGGAAGAGGAGGAAAAAUAUACUAGGAGUCCCGCAUCUGCCAGAUCCCUUUGUCUGCCAAGCCUGGGCCUUUCCUUUUAUGGCAUUUCUGGGAAUGCAUGUGGAUGA